CCUUAUUAGGAACACUUAUUGCCAACCUCUAAAAGUGUUUCCAGUCCACCGUUGCAGUUAUUCCACAGCAACAUAAAUUUCACAGUGUGACUGUGUGGAUUGCUGUGGCCUCAUGAGUGCGGUUGAAAUGACCAAGCCGGCGGAGACCAUGGGGGACGUAGAAACCGGUCAGGGCGGGGUAGGCGGGCCGCUGAACCUGCCACCUAAUCCGGAAACGGGCAAAGGCUUUCUGAAGCCCAUUCCAGAAACCACGCCCAUGGAAAAAACCAUGGGCAUCGUCGGCGGUGCCUGUGUCGUCACCGCUCUCGCAGCCAUGAUUGUGGAGCAGUCCACCAUUGUCAUUUUGGGCGGCAUACUGUCAUCCAUCGUCGGUCCUUACGCGUACUGGCAGCAAACGCGCUUGACGGAUAUCAAGGCCUUGAAAGAAACACACGCAGCCAUUCAAGAAGAAGUAGAUAGGUUCAGCGACGAAAAUCACCGCUUGUCGUCGAAUAUUGAUCACCUGACGGGAUCGGUGAACAAUCUCAAGGACGUCGAGGACGCUCUGCAAAUCCUUACGCAGCAACAAGGAAAGUCGGUGAACGCCUUUGCUAAGCAAGUGCAAGAGAACAAAUCAAUACUAGCGCAAAUGCAAACCAAUCUCAAGGCUAACGUGUUGCAGAAUCUCUUGUCAGUCAUAUUGCGGAGUGAUACCGAUCAAGAUAUGAAGAUUUCCGAAGCCGAAGUCUCCGAUCUCACGAGGCGCAUCAACAACAUGGCCGGUGUACGCGUACACGAAAACCGUUUCCGAAAUGCUAUUCAGAACAAGUCGGUCGCCGAUGUCAUGGAAGUCGUGAAGAACCUUUUAAACGACAACAUACCGGACAGCGAACGGAUUUUUGAACUCAGCCAGUGA